AUGGCGUCUUCUGCCUCAAUUUCGAACAAUGAUAUCGCUGUCGUCGGCUACUCUCUCAAAGUAGCAGGAGCAGACGACCCAGAGGAAUUCUGGAACCUGCUCUGUACCGCUGAAUCCCAACACCGAGAGGUGCCCCUCGACAAGAUUCCCUUCGAAUCCCACUGGCGCAAAGUUGACCCAAAUCGGCGGUGGUACGGCAACUUCCUCAACGACUCUGACGCCUUCGAUCACAAAUUCUUCAAAAAGAGCCCCAGAGAGGUGGCAUCGCAAGACCCGCAGCAGCGCCUGAUGAUGGAGGUUGCUUAUCAGGCAGUGCAGCAGUCCGGAUAUUUCAGCUUACAUGAUGUCGAUCAGCACGUGGGAUGUUAUUUGGGGGUCUGCAAUUCCGAUUACGAGACGAAUGUCGCCUGUCAUGAACCGAACGCCUUCACGACAACGGGAAAUCUUCGGAGCUUUAUCGCCGGUAAGAUCAGUCAUUAUUUCGGCUGGACCGGCCCAUCCAUGACGCUUGACUCUGGGUGUUCCACCGCGGCAGUCUCAGUGCAUAUGGCUUGUCAGGCCAUCUUGGCAGGUGAAUGUACGGCCGCCCUCGCUGGCGGCGUGAAUGUUAUGACCAAUGGACUAUGGUUUCAGAAUUUAGCUGGUGCCUCUUUCCUCAGUCCAACGGGCGCGUGUAAGCCUUUUGACGCGAGCGCAGACGGCUACUGUCGCGGUGAGGCUGCAGCUGUGGUGUUUUUGAAGAAAAUGUCGCAAGCGGUCAGCGAUGGAGACGUGAUUCUGGGAUGUAUUUCUGGAACGGCGGUAUAUCAGAACCUGAACUGCACCCCUAUUUUCGUGCCCAACUCCCCAUCACUUUCGAGCCUGUUCGCACACGUCACACAGAAAGCCGGGCUGAACCCGCAGCAGAUCUCCUUAGUCGAGGCACAUGGCACCGGUACUGCUGUCGGAGAUCCUGCGGAGUAUAGCAGUAUCUUGGAUGUGUUUGGUAGAUUGAAGAAUCGACAAACUCCCAUGACUAUUGGCUCCGUCAAGGGGUUGGUCGGACACACAGAGAGUGCCUCCGGAGCGGUUGCAUUGAUCAAGGUCCUCUUGAUGAUUCAAGAGCAGAAGAUCCCGCCCCAGGCUAGCUUUCAAUCUCUCAGUCCUCAUCUCAAGGCCUCGACUUCUGAUAUGCUUGAGGUAGCAACUUCCAUGAAAGAGUGGAAUGUGAAGCACCGUGCGGCCCUGAUCAACAAUUACGGCGCUUCGGGCUCGAACGCUUCCUUGGUCGUCACUCAGCCUCGACAGCAUGACGGAGCUGGAUUGACAGCAAUUCAUGCGGAAGGACUUAAACAUCCUUUCAGAUUGAAUGCGCUCGAUGAGCGGAGUUUGCUGGAGUACGUCACCAAGCUGAGAGGUCUAAUUCGGUCCAAAGCAGUUUCAGCAAGAAAUAUUACCCUGGCAAAUCUGUCUUUCAAUGCCAGCCGCCAAUCCAAUCACAAUCUUCCCACCAAUGCUAUAUUCAGCGCACACUCGAUCUCCGAUUUGGAAGGUAGUCUGACAGCUUACAUAGAAGGAACCAACAGGGACCUUUCCAAUACCGCUAAAGCGAACCCAACAAGACCGAUCAUUCUCUGUUUUGGUGGUCAGAUCUCAAGAUUCAUUGGAUUAGACCAGAAUGUCUUCGAUGGUGUCCGUGUUCUGCGGGAUCACCUCAAUCAUUGCGACUCCAUUCUUCAAGGUAUGGGCUAUGAGGGUCUGUAUCCUGAGAUCUUCCAGACCUCGCCGGUGGAAAAUGCGAUAAAACUCCAAACAAUGCUGUUUGCACUGCAAUAUUCUAUUGCCCGAACUUGGAUAGAUUGUGGAGUGAAAGUUGCAGCUGUCGUGGGUCACAGCUUUGGUGAACUGACAGCGUUAUGUGUUUCCGGCGCCUUGAAGUUCGAGGAUGCUCUUCGUGUCAUUGCGACACGAGCUGAACUUCUGCAAAAGCUAUGGGGCCAGGAGCCCGGGGCAAUGAUGGCCAUCGAUGGCGACCUGAACUCGGUUGAAAGAUUGCUGGCUGCGGCGCAUCAGCUCACCCCAGUUGAGAAUGCUGCCACAAUUGCUUGCUAUAAUGGGCCCCAGAGCUUCACUCUGGCAGGAUCAAGCAAGGCCAUUGAUGCAGUUUUCGAAACCUUGUCUGGACACCCAGACUUCGCCUCAAUGCGCACACGGAGACUGAAUGUCACUCACGCGUUCCAUUCUACGCUUGUUGAAGAGCCUCUUUUGGAGGAACUGAGAAAGCUCGGGCAAAGCGUCACCUUCUCACAAGCCUCAAUCCCGAUCGAAAGGGCAACCGAGACGGCUAACGAGCCUCUUACAUCCAGCUUCUUCGCACAUCAUAUGCGCAAUCCUGUCUAUUUCGCCCAUGCAAUCCAGCGAUUGGCAAAGAAAUACCCCUCAGCCGUAUUCCUGGAGGCAGGCUCUAACUCGACCAUCGCAGGUAUGGCACGUCGGGCCUUGGGGGCGCCAGCCGAGUCUCACUUUCAAGCCGUGAAUAUUACCAAUGGGGCUCAAGGCCUGACCGCCCUCACUGAUACGACCACCUGUCUUUGGAAAGAGGGCAUGAAUAUUAUCUACUGGCCGCAUCACAGAUCACAGACCUAUGAGUAUGGCCCUAUACUAAUGCCAGUUUACCAGUUCGAACGAAGCAAACACUGGCUGAACGUGAAGAUACCGCAAGAGAAGGUGUCCAGCAUACCUGAGCAAAUUCCAGACGAACCUGUUCCCGAGUGUCUUUACACGUUCAUUGGAUACCAGGAUCCCAAGCAGCAUGUGGCUCGAUUCCGGAUCAACACCGCAACUCAAAUAUUUCGGGACCAUCUUCAGGGUCACACAAUCGCACAGACAGCCCCCAUUUGUCCUAUGACGCUGGAAAUCGAUAUGGCUAUUGAGGCCCUGGGGAGCUUGCAGGCUCUCCGAGACCCGAAGCAUAUUCCUCGAGUCCACAACAUUCAGAGCAAAUCUCCGUUGUGCGACGAUCCUUCCAGAACAGUGUGGCUUGACCUGAAAGAAAGCGAGAGAAAUUCCCGUGGUACCGCUUGGGAAUUCUGCCUGGCAAGCUCGGGCGGAUCCGGCUCCGCAAACACUGUGCACGUUUCAGGAGAAAUCACAUUUGGCUUGACUGAAAGCCCUGACGCCCAUGCCGAGUUCUCUCGAUAUGGACGCCUCAUUGGUAACCAUCAGCGCUGUCUACAGAUUCUCAAUUCAUCCGAUGCGGACGACAUUAUCCAAGGACGGAAUAUUUACCGGGCGUUCUCUGAAGUUGUGGAUUACGGUAUUGAGUAUCAAGGCCUCCAGAAGCUGGUCGGCAAGGGCAACGAAUCUGCUGGCCGUGUGCUCAGAAAGCAUGCCGGAGAGAGCUGGCUCGAUAUGCAUCUUUCGGAUUGCUUCGCGCAGGUGGGUGGAAUCUGGGUGAAUUGCAUGACAGACUUGCAGUCUAGCGAGAUGUAUAUCGCAAAUGGACUGGAACACUGGCUUAGAUCUCCUAAGAUGGGAUCCAGGUAUGGCCAGGUCGAAGCAUGGGAUGUCAUCGCCCGCCAUCAUCACCUUGAGGACGAGAAGGCGUUUAUGACUGAUGUCUUCGCCUUCGACUCCGUCACGGGUGAGCUGGCCGAGAUUAUGCUGGGCAUCAAGUACACUAAGGUCUCGAAACAAGCAAUGAGCCGGAUUUUGACUAGAUUGACACCUGGUUUGGCAACCAGAACCCCCACACCGUUAGAAAUGGCUCUCCCGGUGACUUCCGACAUCGACACUGUCAGUCCAGCAAUCUCAGCGAAAAUCAGUACGGCACCGAAGCCUCAAAUGUCAGUCAGUCUCCCCUCCUCAGAUAUUGAUGUAUCAAGAGGCGUCAAGGCCGUACUGGCAGAACUGUCUGGUCUCGAUGUGGUCGAGAUCAAAGACAGCAUCCAGCUCUGCGACAUCGGCAUCGACUCACUUAUGAGCAUGGAGAUGGGUCAGGAUCUGGAGCAAAAGUUUCACUGUUCGAUUCCAAUGUAUGACCUGGCGGAUCUCACAACUGUGCGUAGCCUAAUUGACUACAUCUGUGGCACUGUUACAGCCAUUUCUUCUGAGGAUGAUCAAUCAUCGUCGGCGGAGUCGGUUAGCGACGUGUUUUCUGACUCUGCAACUACUGUAUCCAGCGACCUGGAUGUUUCGAUAGCCGGUGGAUUUGGAGCGUUCCUUGCCGAGUUUCUUGGGGUAGCUGAGCACGACAUCCGAAAUGAAGUUCCACUGGGAGAACUUGGAGUCGACUCGCUUCUCUCCAUGGAGCUGUCCGCUGACUUGGAGUGUAAAUUCGGCUUACACUUCCCCCAUGGACAGUUCCUACAGGAGCUUACGGUUGCAGACAUUGAGCGCAAGAUGAACAAGUCACUACCCACGACUCCGGGGUUUUCUACCCCUAGCGAGCCCGCAAGCCCUACUCCAGCGCCAGAGACUGCAAAGUCCUAUUUUCCGGAUCGAGACCUCCGGUUGCCGUCCGAAGCUGUCAUGGACGCUUUCACCGAGAUCAAAGGUCUUACGGACGAAUACAUUGCUGAAUUCAAUGGCCUCAAUUACAUGCAGACUAUCAACCCUGCACUGGUGCAGAUGUGUGUUGCCUUGAUAGUUGAGGCUUUCGAACAGCUUGGGUGUCCUUUACGUGCUGCCGCUCAUGGUCAGGUCUUGCCACGAAUUGAAUACCUACCCAAGCAUGAACGUCUGGUUGAGUACAUCUACCAGGUUCUGCAGAACGAGGGUAAAUUGGUCGAAGUCGAAGGCAAUACCAUCAUUCGAACUCACGCACCCGCCCCUGUCGAGUCCAGUGGGAGUAUUUUGAACAGACUGAUUAAAGAUUAUCCUGAUCACACCAAGGCCCACCAGCUAGCCUAUUUUACAGGCAGGAGACUGGCCGAUGUGCUCAGCGGCCAGGCGGAUGGUCUUCGACUGAUCUUUGGUAACGAAGAAGGUCGCCAAUUAGUGUCUAGUCUCUACGGGGACUUUUUGUUUAACAAACUGCACUACAAAAUGAUGGAUGAUUAUCUUCGGCGGCUGAUAGGAAGACUUCCCUCCAGUGACGGACCCUUGAGAAUCAUGGAGAUGGGUGCAGGAACGGGAGGCACCACCAAGCAGAUUGUGCCGGCUUUGGCCCGUCUGAAUAUUCCAGUUGAAUAUACUUUUACCGACAUCUCGCCAAUGUUUCUUGCCAGCGCUCGCAGGGAAUUCAAGCAAUAUUCGUUCAUGAAAUACCGGGUUCAUGAUAUUGAGAAAGCUCCCGCCGAUGAUCUGCUAAACAGUCAACACAUCAUCAUCGCGAGCAACGCUGUUCAUGCUACUCGCAGCUUGACGGAGUCGACCAAGAACAUUCGGAAGGCCCUGCGGCUCGAUGGCUUUCUUAUGAUGCUGGAGAUGACACAACCUCUUGUUUGGAUCGAUAUGAUCUUUGGUUUGUUGGAAGGAUGGUGGCUGUUUGAUGACGGUCGGCGCCACGCGGUAGCCGAUCCUGUACGAUGGGAGACUGCUCUCCACGCUGCGGGAUAUGGCCAGGUAAACUGGACGGACGGAAGAUGCCCCGAGGUCGGGAUCGAGCGCAUCAUGGUCGCAAUGGCUUCACAAGGGCCGAGGUAUGAACGCCGCCAUUGUUCCUUGCCGCAAUCUCCAAUCCCACCUGCUGACGCCGACUUGGUGACUCGACAGGCAGUAGUGGAUGAUUACAUUCGGCGAUAUACUCAGGGAUUCAGCGCUAAAGCUCCCAAGGCAUCAAUAAAGAAACCUUCGUCUGGGGCCGUGAUACUUGUGACUGGGGCCACCGGGAGUCUAGGCUGUCAGCUGGUUAGCCAUCUCGCACAUCAACCCAGCGUUGCUACUGUGAUUUGCCUUAAUCGCCCUGCCCGCAGCAGCAAGACACCAUCAGAGCGCCAGCAAGAAGCCCUAUCCACACGGGGGAUCAUAAUGGGUGCCCAGGCGCUUUCAAAACUUCAGAUCCUCGAGACGGAUACAACCAAACCCUUCCUUGGUCUUGCCCAAGCGGAGUACGCUCAGCUCGCUGCAAAAACCACGCACAUCAUCCACAAUGCCUGGCCCAUGAGCGGCAAACGGCCUCUUGAAGGUUUUGUGCCGCAGUUCCAGGUCAUGCGCAAUCUUCUUGACUUUGCUAGCUACGCCUACAGUGGUUCCAAGGUCCACUUUCAGUUGAUCUCCUCGAUAGCCACCGUCGGCCAUUAUCCCGUUCACACCGGUAACCCCAACGUACCUGAAUCGCGACUCCCCCUACAAUCUGUUUUGACCAAUGGGUACGGUCUCGCCAAGUUCGUCUGCGAGCGCAUGCUGGAUGAAACCCUUCACCGCUACCCGGACAUGUUCCAGCCUAUGGCCGUUCGCUUAGGGCAAGUAGCAGGGUCACGGGUCAGUGGAUACUGGAAUCCACAGGAGCAUCUGCCUUUUUUGCUUAAGUCUUCACAGACGCUCGGGUGUCUCCCGGACUUGAAAGGAACUGUUUCGUGGACGCCUGUUGAGGGCGUGGCGGCUACGUUGGGGGACCUACUCCUUUCUGGUGAAGGGUCGGAGAUGGCAAAGAGGUAUCCGGUUUAUCACAUUGAAAAUCCUAUUGGGCAAUCAUGGGAAGAUAUGAUCCCCUUGCUGGCUAAGGGCCUGCGGUUCGACCCGGCAACAUCUCGCCUGAAGGAGGGCCAAAACUUGAGCGCCAAGAAUGGAGUCAUCACCACCGUGCCCUUCAAAGAAUGGAUCCAUCGAGUCCGAAUAUUCGCCGGACCGGGAGAGGAGAAUCCUGCCUCUUUGAUGGUCGACUUUCUGGAGGAGCACUUUUGUCGCAUGUCGUGCGGGGGACUAAGGUUAGAGACCGUGCGGUGUCGUGAGCAUUCAGCCACGCUAGCCAGGAUGGGGCCUGUGGAUGCUGAGGUAGUGAGACGGUAUCUUCAAAGUUGGAAGAAGAUGGGAUUCUUGAUGUGAUUCUCCUUACUCUUUAGUUUAGAACUUGAGCGACUCAACCGUGUUUGCUUUGGUUGUGUGGUUGUUAGCGCUUAUAGAGGAGUACGGAACUUUUGCAAAGGAACCUUUUCA